AAAAAAAAAAAAAAAAAAAAAAAAUAUGAGCUGUAGGACUAUAAAAAUAACAUAUUUUUCGUAUCUUUUCCUUCUCUUUUCUUUCACUUUUCUCCAUACAUUUUUUUAUUUUUAUUUCUUGAUAAUGUUGAACUUAAUAAUUGCUGCUGUCCAGGCUAUCUUACAGGUCAUGGUUGUAGUGUUUCUUGGCAGUGUGUUGGCAAAACAUGGAUACUUCAAUAUGGAUAAACAAAGGUGGUUAUCUAAACUUAAUCUCGUAUUCUUCACACCUUGCCUUUUAUUCUCCAAUAUCGCAUCCGUCAUUUCACUAGAGAAACUCUUGGCCUUUUGGCCUAUCCCCAUGUUCUAUUUGACUUUUGCCAUUUUAAACUAUUCGUGCAGUCAACUCAUCACUCGAUUGGCUGGUUUAAGCCCAGCUUAUCGUCGUUUCGUAUUGGCCUGUGUCAUGUUCUCCAAUUCCAAUUCUCUGCCGAUCGCCAUCAUUUCCAGUUUAGCGGUUUCUGAAGCCGCUCAUAUCUUGUUCUGGGGAUCAGAUGACACGUCAGAAGCAGUAGCAGCAAGAGGAAUAUCGUAUACCCUGUUCUUUGCCAUCUUUGGUAAUUUGAUUCGUUGGUCAUAUGGUUACCAAUUAUUACAAAAGAGGGAUGAUGAUGAUACUUCUACCAUUGCCGAUGAAGAAGUAGUUGUGCCUGUUAUUUCAUCUACCUAUCACUCAUUCAGUAAUAAUGCAUCCACCUCUGCUUCUAUUAGUUCAGGCUCAGAUGACACCGAACAAGAGGAUGAAGAAUACCUCUCUUCAUCUAAAGCCGCCGCAGCCGGAAAACGUGAUACUAUGCCAUCCAGACAACUCAGUUCUGUUACUAUCUCGGUAGAUGAGUCUAGUUCAUUAUUACCUCAAACAAACAAAAACAAAAACAAACAAAUACCUGCCAAUGAUAAUAUCUUCCAGAUCAUCCUCAAAAAGAUCACAGGUUUCAUGUCACCUCCAUUGUAUGCUGCCUUUCUAGCUUUGUUUGUUGGCUUAACUCCUCUCAAGGGUAUCUUUUUCGAUAAACAAUCUUUUCUCUAUCCUUCCUUCACAAAAGCCAUUGAAGGUUGUGGUAAAGCUGCUGUUCCUUUAAUCCUCACCUGUCUAGGCGCUCAACUUGUCUCCAUUUCCGAGUCACAACAUCCUGCCGCACCAGAAAUGAAAAAACCAGUAGCUCUCGCUAUUGCUAUUCGUAUGUGUUUGAUGCCUUUCCUCGUUGUUCCUCUUGUCGUCCUCUUUGUUCUUUAUGGCGCUCAAUUCUCUCUCUUGGCUGGUGAUCCUGUCUUUAUCACCAUGAUGAUCGUUCUUGGUUGUACACCUACUGCCAUUAACCUCGUCCAAAUUACCCAAGUCAAUAAUAUCUUUGAAGAGGAAAUGUUACGUAUGCUUUUCUGGAGUUAUGGUGUUGUCUGUGUUCCUGUAUGUACCUUUGUUGUCUUUUUAGCCCUUAAUGUUGUAGACCGUAUGCUUUAAAAUCUUAAUACAUAAAUAAAAGAAUACCCAUUUUUUUUUUUUUUAUCAUCAUCAUCAACAUAAUAAAACCCGACAUUCCAUAAAUCGUGA